AUGCCUUCCUUCUCAUCUACCUUCUCCUCUAUUUUCAAAUCCUCCAAGAAGAAGAAGACUACCAAGAAGACCUCCUCCGCCACUAUAGAGAUGUCAUCUAUCCCUACGUCUUCUAAGAAGACUACCACUACAACUGCCCAUCAUGGCAAGAAUAUCAACCACGUCAAUAAUAAUAUCAACAAGAGCGACAAUAAGAUCGCCAAGGACAACUAUAAUAAUAGGAACAACAAGACUGCCGACAAAGAUAUCAAGAGCCCCGAUAAUAACUACUACAAUAACAACAUCACCGCCACCGCUACUGCCACCGCCACAAACAACAGAAAUAAUAUGAGCGAAAACGACUACAAUAUAAAUUAUAACAACAUCAUCGCCACCAAUGACAGCGAGCCAGUUAAUCUUGGUAUACCUCGCAGAGGGCAGUACGUCACCCGAGAUGGCAUCGACGUCGUAGCAGUCCUCGAGACUUGGUAA